AUGGGCUCUGUGUCAAACCAGCAGUUUGCAGGUGGCUGCGCCAAGGCGCCGGAGGAGGCGCCGGAGGACGCCGCCCGGGCGGCAGAGGAGCCGCAGCUGCUGCACGGUGCCGGCAUCUGUAAGUGGUUCAACGUGCGCAUGGGGUUCGGCUUCCUGUCCAUGACCGCCCGCGCCGGGGUCGCGCUUGACCCCCCGGUGGAUGUCUUUGUGCACCAGAGCAAGCUGCACAUGGAGGGCUUCCGGAGCCUGAAGGAGGGUGAGGCGGUGGAGUUCACCUUUAAGAAGUCUGCUAAAGGCUUAGAAUCUAUCCGGGUCACUGGACCUGGUGGAGUAUUUUGUAUUGGAAGUGAGAGGCGGCCCAAAGGGAAGAACAUGCAGAAGCGCAGAUCAAAGGGAGACAGGUGCUACAACUGUGGAGGUCUAGACCACCAUGCCAAGGAAUGCAAGCUGCCACCCCAGCCCAAGAAGUGCCAUUUCUGCCAGAGCAUCAGCCAUAUGGUAGCCUCGUGUCCACUGAAGGCCCAGCAGGCCCCCAGCUCACAGGGAAAGCCAGCCUACUUUCGGGAGGAAGAAGAAGAAGAGAUCCAUAGCCCUGCCCUACUCCCAGAGGCCCAGAAUUGAGCUACAGUGGGUGGGGGUAAUUCUUUUUGUGAUCAGGAAGUUUGGAGGAGCAGGCAUCAAUCGGCAGAGUGGAGAAAGUGGGGACAAGGUGGGUAGGGGGCAGCUGGCUCUGCCAUAUAUCUCAGGCCAGGGUCCCACAGCAUCACCCCCUCUUCCCUCUUGGCAGGGUAGGGGGGAAGGGGUGAGGCAAAUGAAUUACAACCGUGCUCUAUCCAAAUGCUUGUGGAGAGUUCUGAAGAAAAUCCCUCCCCGUGUGCUUUACCUGAGUCUCCACCCUCAGAUCUCCAGCUUUUGAAAGUAGCGUGGAUAGGGAAGUUGUUUUCCUUUCAAAGAAGGACAUGUAAUAAUAAUUUUUCCCAUGCCAGAGUGUAGAGAUGAAGCAUGAGACCAGAUUGAUGGGCCCAACCCAUGACCACUAUAUUCUAUGGGGAGGGAAUCUCUAAGGGGUAAGGCAGGGGUUUUCUACAUCUUGUCCCAUAACCCACUCUUGGGAUAGGGUGCUGAGGACUAUCCCAAGCAAUGGGUUGUGACAGUAGCCACAGGGAUUGUUGUGUUGGAGCUACAGACCUCCUGCUCCUAAGCUUAAUCCCACCCAUUCUGGGCUGAUAGGAUUUUAUUUAUUUGCUCCCUUGGACAACCGCACCUUGGGCCCCACUUUCUCCAGGAUGCCAACUGCACUAGCUGUGUGCGAAUGACGUAUCUUGUGCAUUUUAACUUUUUUUUUCGUAAUAUAAAUAUUCUGGUUUUUGUAUUUUUGUGUAUUUUAAUCUUAAGGCCCUCAUUCCUGCACUGUGUUCUCAGGUACAUGAGCAAUCUCAGGGAUAAGUCAGCAGCAGCUCCAGGUCUGCACAGCAGGAAUACUUUUUUGUUUUAUCACCAGGGAGAACAACUAUUUGGAGUGCAUAGCCUAUUGAACUACCUCAUUUUUGCCAAUUAGAGCUGGCUUUUCUGCCAUAGUGUUCUCUUGAAACCCCUCUACCU